CGGCGGAAGGAGACUUGGAGGUUGUGCUGCUCUUGGGUUACUUGAAUCGGACCUAAAACCUUCAUCUGGUCGGCUGUGCUCCUUUUUCAGGGCUGUUGGAUGUGAGGGUCCUGUCUUUUUCAUUUUCAGAGCUGAAUGUCUGGGAUGGAAAACAAAUAAAAAGGAAAUAGCUGCAGGAUGAAAACAUGGCCGCACCCCUUCUUGCACCCCCAGGACCUGACAGCUUCAAGAAAUUCACCCCGGAGUCACUCGCUAACAUCGAGAAGCGCAUCCAGCAAGAGAAGAACAAGAAACCACCCAAGCCCAGGUCGGACAGCAGUCACCGUGACACGUCUGAUGACAAUGAACUCAAGCCCAACAGUGACCUGGAGGCUGGGAAGAGCCUGCCGUUCAUCUACGGCGAUAUUCCUGAUGGGAUGGUCGCCACACCGCUGGAGGACUUGGACCCGUACUAUUUGAACCAGAAAACAUUUAUAGUCCUAAACAAAGGGAAAACAAUCUUCCGCUUCAGUGCCACGCCCUCCUUGUACAUCAUAAGCCCUUUUAAUAUAUUUAGGCGAAUAGCUAUUAAGAUUUUGAUACAUUCGUUAUUCAGCAUGAUCAUCAUGUGUACCAUUUUGACCAACUGUAUAUUCAUGACAUUUAGUGACCCUCCAGAGUGGUCCAAACAAGUAGAGUAUACCUUCACAGGUAUCUAUACGUUUGAGUCGCUUACAAAAAUUGUUGCCAGAGGCUUUGCCAUCGAUGGCUUCACCUUCCUUAGAGACCCGUGGAACUGGUUAGACUUCAUGGUUAUCUCUAUGGCAUAUAUAACAGAGUUUGUGGACCUUGGGAAUGUCUCGGCGCUGAGAACGUUCAGGGUUCUCCGAGCAUUGAAAACUAUUUCUGUCAUUCCAGGCCUGAAGACCAUUGUGGGUGCUCUGAUCCAGUCUGUGAAGAAGCUAUCGGAUGUGAUGAUCCUGACCGUCUUCUGUCUCAGUGUCUUCGCUCUGAUUGGGCUGCAGCUCUUCAUGGGGAACCUACGAAAUAAGUGUGUAAUCUGGCCAAUCAACAUGACCGAGCGGACCCUUGCAAAUGGCAGCAGGGGCUUUGACUGGGACGAGUACAUCAUGAAUGACACUAAUUUCUACUUCCUCCCUGGUCAGCUUGAUGCUCUGUUGUGUGGAAACAGCUCUGACUCAGGACGUUGUCCAGAGGGCUUCACAUGUAUGAAAGCUGGAAGGAACCCUAACUAUGGUUACACAAGCUUUGAUAGCUUUGGAUGGGCUUUCCUCACCCUCUUCAGACUCAUGACUCAGGACUUCUGGGAAAAUCUCUACAUGCUGACUCUACGUGCUGCAGGAAAGACCUACAUGAUCUUCUUUGUGUUGGUCAUCUUUGUUGGCUCUUUCUAUCUGGUGAAUCUCAUCUUGGCUGUGGUGGCCAUGGCCUAUGAGGAGCAGAACCAGGCAACUAUUGAGGAGGCGGAGCAAAAAGAGGCUGAAUUCAAAGCCAUGCUGGAGCAGCUCAAGAAGCAGCAGGAGGAGACACAGGCUGCUGCCAUGGCAACUUCUGCAGGUACGGUGUCUGAAGCUGCCUUAGAGGAUGAAGGAGGAGGGCACCUGUCCCGCAGUUCUUCUGAGGUAUCCAAGCUGAGCUCCAAGAGCGCCAAGGAGCGGCGAAAUCGCAAAAAGAAAUGGCGUCAGAAAGAGCAGGAGAAAGAAAAGGGGGACAGUGAAAAGGUUGUAAAGUCUGAGUCGGACGAUGGCAGCAAGAAAAGUACGAUUCGUUUUCCAGGAAGCAGACUGGGGAGGAAGACAUCUAUCAUGAACCAGUCACUACUCAGCAUCCCCGGCUCUCCCUUCAUGUCGCGCCACAACAGCCGGAGCAGCAUCUUUAGCUUCAAAGGCCGCUCCAAGGACAUGGGCUCAGAGAACGAGUUUGCAGAUGAUGAACACAGCACGGUGGAGGAGAGCGAAGACCGCCGAGGCUCCCUGUUUAUCCCUUACCGUCGCAACAGCUACAGUGGCUACAGCCAGGGCUCGUCACGCAUCCACCCACUGGCACCCCACUCUGGAGGGAAGAGGAACAGCACAGUGGACUGCAAUGGCGUGGUGUCUCUCAUCGGCCCUGGGCCCGGCAGACGGCUUCUGCCUGAGACGACUGACGUGGAGAUAAAGAAGAAGCACUCGGGCUCCCUUAUGGUAUCUGUGGAUCAGCUCAACUCCUCCCUCAAAGGAAAGGACCGGGCCAACAGUCAGAUGAGCAUGGUCACCAACACACUGAUUGAGGAGUUGGAGGAAUCUCAGAGAAAGUGUCCUCCCUGCUGGUACAAGUUUUCGAACACCUUCCUCAUUUGGGAGUGCUGUCCCCUUUGGCUGACGAUCAAGCACAUAGUCAACUUGAUUGUCAUGGACCCUUUUGUAGACCUGGCUAUUACAAUCUGUAUCGUCCUCAACACUGUCUUCAUGGCAAUGGAGCACUACCCUAUGACUCCACGCUUUGAGGAUGUCUUGUAUACUGGCAACCUGGUCUUCACUGGUAUCUUUGCUGGUGAGAUGUUUGCCAAGGUGAUUGCCAUGGAUCCCUACUACUACUUCCAGGAAGGCUGGAAUUGUUUUGAUAGCUUCAUCGUGACUCUGAGUUUAGUUGAGCUGGGUCUGUCAGAUGUGGAGGGUCUGUCCAUGCUCAGGUCAUUCCGAUUGUUGAGAGUGUUCAAACUAGCCAAGUCAUGGCCCACCCUAAACAUGCUGAUUAAGAUCAUUGGUAAUUCAGUGGGGGCUCUGGGUAAUCUGACUCUUGUGCUGGCCAUCAUUGUCUUCAUCUUUGCUGUGGUUGGCAUGCAAUUGUUCGGCAAAAGCUACAAGGAUUGUGUGUGUAAGAUCGCCCAGGACUGCGAGCUGCCUCGCUGGCACAUGAACGACUUCUUUCACUCCUUCCUGAUCGUGUUCAGAGUGUUGUGCGGUGAGUGGAUCGAAACCAUGUGGGACUGUAUGGAGGUUGCGGGACAGAGCAUGUGCCUCAUAGUCUUCAUGAUGGUCAUGGUCAUCGGAAAUCUGGUGGUGCUGAACCUGUUCCUGGCCUUGUUGCUGAGCUCAUUCAGUGCUGACAAUCUUGCGGCCACCGAUGAUGAUGGUGAGCCCAACAACCUCCAGCUGGCGGUCGGCCGCAUUAAGAAAGGGAUUGCCUGGAUCAAGUCUGGCGUGCGGCUCCUGGUAUCCACAUUGCUCAAAAAGCCCAUAGAGGAUGAACAGAAGCCGCUGGACGAAAUGUACGAGAAGAAGCUGAACUGCAUCGCAAACCACACAGUGGACAUCAACCGAGAAUUAGACUAUCCUAAAAAUGGCAACGGAACAACCAGCGGCAUUGGGAGCAGUGUGGGAAAGUACAUGAUUGAUGAAGAUUACAUGUCCUUCAUCCACAACCCCAACCUCACCGUCUGUGUUCCUAUCGCUGUUGGCGAGUCCGACUUUGAAAACCUCAACACAGAAGAUUUCAGCAGCGAGUCAGAUGUGGAGAACAGCAAAGAUCUGGAUGACACCAGUUCGUCUGAGGGCAGCACAAUAGACAUUAAACCUGAUGUUGAGGAAGUAGCUGUGGUGGAGGUUGUGGAGGAGUACGUUGACCCUGAUCCCUGCUGGACAGAUGAGUGUGUGGCGAAAUACAAAUGCUGUGAUGUUCCUAUCACUCAUGGAUGGGGUAAACACUGGUGGUUCCUGAGGAAGACAUGUUACCUUAUUGUAGAACACAACUGGUUUGAAACCCUCAUCAUCUUCAUGAUCCUGCUCAGUAGUGGAGCUCUGGCCUUUGAGGAUGUCUACAUUGAGCAGAGGAAGACAGUCCGUAUCAUUUUGGAGUACGCUGAUCGGGUUUUCACUUACAUCUUCAUCUUGGAGAUGUUGCUGAAAUGGGUGGCUUAUGGCUUUGUCAAAUACUUCACUAAUGCCUGGUGUUGGUUGGACUUCUUCAUUGUGGAUGUGUCUAUAGUCAGCCUUAUAGCUAAUGCGUUGGGCUACUCCGAUCUAGGCCCAAUUAAAUCACUCAGGACACUGAGGGCCUUGAGACCCCUCAGGGCCCUGUCACGUUUUGAAGGGAUGAGGGUGGUGGUGAAUGCCUUGGUGGGUGCGAUCCCCUCCAUCAUGAAUGUGCUGCUGGUGUGUCUCAUCUUCUGGCUCAUCUUCAGCAUCAUGGGUGUCAACCUGUUUGCUGGGAAGUAUUACUACUGUUUCAAUGAGACCGCUGAGGAGAUGUUUGAGAAAGACGUUGUGAACAACAAAACCGAGUGUUUUGUGUUCAUCAAUUCAAACCACACGGAAGUCAGAUGGAAAAAUGUCAAGAUCAAUUUUGACAAUGUGGGUUCAGGAUAUCUGGCCCUUCUACAAGUGGCAACAUUUAAAGGCUGGAUGGACAUCAUGUAUGCAGCAAUAGACUCAAGAAGGGUGGAAGACCAGCCUGUCUAUGAGGACAACUUAUAUAUGUACAUCUACUUUGUCAUCUUCAUCAUCUUUGGCUCUUUCUUCACAUUGAACCUCUUCAUUGGUGUCAUCAUUGAUAACUUCAAUCAACAAAAGAAAAAGUUUGGAGGUCAGGAUAUCUUCAUGACGGAAGAGCAGAAGAAAUACUACAAUGCCAUGAAGAAACUAGGCUCAAAGAAGCCACAAAAACCAAUCCCAAGGCCUCAGAACAAGAUUCAGGGUAUGGUGUUUGACUUUGUGACGCAGCAGGUGUUUGACAUCUCUAUCAUGAUGCUCAUCUGCCUCAACAUGGUCACCAUGAUGGUAGAGACAGACGAUCAGUCUAAGGAGACAGAGGAAGUGCUGUACUGGGUCAACUUCGUCUUCAUUGUGGUCUUCACUGGAGAGUUCUUGUUGAAGCUCUUUGCUCUGCGUCAUUACUACUUCACGAACGGAUGGAACGUCUUUGAUGUGGUUGUGGUCAUCCUUUCAAUCGUGGGAAUGUUUCUGGCUGACCUGAUCGAGAAGUACUUUGUGUCACCAACGCUCUUCAGGGUCAUCCGAUUGGCUCGUAUUGGCAGAAUCCUGCGUCUCAUCAAAGGGGCCAAAGGAAUCAGAACUCUACUGUUUGCCCUGAUGAUGUCACUUCCUGCCUUGUUCAACAUUGGCUUACUACUUUUCCUGGUUAUGUUCAUUUUCUCCAUCUUUGGCAUGUCCAACUUUGGCUAUGUGAAACACGGGGCCGGAAUUGACGACAUGUACAACUUUGAGACCUUUGGCAAUAGCAUGAUCAUCCUGUUUAUGAUCACCACAUCAGCGGGAUGGGAUGGCCUGCUGCUGCCCAUCCUGAACUACCCUCCAGAUUGUGACCCCCUACUGGAGAAUGCUGGCACCCCAAACACAGGAGACUGUGGCAACCCAUCAGUGGGCAUCUUCUUCUUUGUCAUGUACAUCAUCAUUUCUUUCCUUAUUGUUGUCAACAUGUACAUUGCCAUCAUCCUGGAGAACUUCAGUGUGGCGACGGAGGAGAGCGCUGACCCGCUUAGUGAGGACGACUUUGAGACCUUUUAUGAGAUUUGGGAGAAGUUUGAUCCCGAUGCUUCCCAGUUCAUCACAUAUGCCAAGCUUUCUGACUUUGCUGAUGCACUUGAACACCCACUCCGAGUCCCCAAGCCCAACACCAUUGAACUGAUUACCAUGGACAUGCCUAUGGUGAGUGGCGACCGCAUCCACUGCCUGGACAUCCUGUUUGCUUUCACUAAGCGUGUGCUGGGUGACAGCGGCGAGUUGGACAUGUUGAGACAGCAAAUGGAGGAGCGUUUUGUGGCGGCGAAUCCCUCCAAGGUCUCUUACGAGCCAAUCACCACCACUUUGAGGCGUAAACAGGAGGAAGUGUCAGCCAGAAUCAUUCAAAGGGCCUAUCGCGCAUACCUGGCCAAGCGGGGUUUUGUCUGUAAGAGAAAACCAGCCAAUAACAAAGUGGAGAACACUGGGAACAAUCAGGAACAGGAAAAGAAGGAGGGCACUCCCUCAACUGCCUCCCUGCCCUCUUAUGACAGUGUAACCAAACCUGACAAGGAGAAACAGGAUGACAACAACGAGGGCAAGGGAGGGAGGAAAGAGAAAGGAAGAAACCAAAAAGACAUCAGGGAAUCUAAAUGUUAGAGCGUUGGAGUACUAAUCACAGUAAUAACAAUAAAAAAUAUAAUAAUGUAACUUCAAGCAAAGCGAGAGGAAACUCACCCACACAGAUGUACAGAUUAUUUCAUUUGCAAGUCAGAAAAAGUAGUAUUCAAUAAUUUUGUUUACAGACUUCAUUCUUAUAUUGAUGCAGAGGGAAGCAGCUUGGUCUGUUACAGCUUGAAGACUCGUGAACUUCAGUCAAACCAAACAUAAUCAGCAUACUGUGUGACUUUGUUUUAUCUAGACUACUGAGCUUGACAAAAGAGAAUGAAAAACAGACAAGGUCUGUGUCUGCUGAAAGGCAGUUGCUCACUCAACACUGGUCUACAAAAGACAAGUGACUCUACACCAAGAGAUCAUAUCGAAACAAGGAAUUCUGCAUCUGGAUUCAAGUAAUGGAUUCCUAUGGACAACAGUGUUGUAAGACAAAAACAAGGAUGCUGCUUGAUGCUGAAGAAUCGUUCUUGUAGGGCAGUAAAUGAGUGGUUUUGAGUCAUUUAGCACUUAAAUGUAUAGAGGGGCAAAAUGGCACACUCACUCUAUAAGAGCAAACAGAAGGAUGACUGGUGAGUGAAAGACACAAAUGACAGAGAGUUGGAAAUACUUCUGUUUUAUUAAAGCUAGAAAUUGUUCAUUUGAGCAGCAAAAAUGCAAACAGACAAAAAAAGAACAAUAUUCAACAUUUGCCCAUGUCACUUAACUCUUCUACUCAUUUUAUCUUUGUUAUACCCACAUCAAAACGCUUUUUUUACAUGGGCUUUCACACCAGUUGGUUAAGGGUCUGUUUAUUAUGGGGUCAACUUGGGCCAAGGGCUUACAUUUACUCAGAAAGAUUUCCAAACAAAUACAUAAAUAAUUGUGCUUGUUCAAUGCAUAGAAAUGACUUGCAUGAUGGCAUGUUUUGAUCAGAAAUCUUGCAUGAAUUAUCAUAGUCCACAAGACACUAAUACUCAGACCACAACAGUGGCUCGACUGUAAGAUUGAGACUUUGUCAAAAAUUUGAAAGCUCAGAGUUCAGAGUAAUAUGUUUAACAAAGAUUUUGGGGUUGAUUAUCUGAAAAGGUUCUGAAUUUGUAACUCAUUACACAACCCAUUACAAUAUGUUUGAAUAGUUGCCUGUACAGACAGAAGAAUGCAAUAUGAGGGUAAAUGAUACCACUAAUGUGGAUCAGUGGGUAAAAUCCAAACUAUUAUUUGCUGCUUUGGAGAUUUGGGGUGUGUAAGAUGUGGAAACAGAUGUCUGUGUGUUUCAUGGGACUGAUGUGUUUGUUAACUUGGAUUGAAAUGUUUUAAACUGCGCUAACCUUUGAAUCUAAAGCUUAUAUUUAUAAUUUGUAUGCACCUAUGUAAUGUUCCAUGCCAUCUGCCUUUAGUUUUGUGUGAGCGGGCAUUUGGGAGUCCUACUGUCGGUUCUAAGUGGUUUGUGGGGAUUUCACAGGUUUGGCAAACUCCCUCCUACUUCUGAUGUUUCUCUGUAAGUGGUUAGACCUUUCUAAUAAGGGCUGAGAAGUCUUUUUACUCUUUAGUUAAUGUCAUUUAGUGUUAUUAAGCUUCUCCACACGUGUGUCUUUUUUUAUUUUAUUCCCUGAUGUGAUAUUGAUUGUCAAUGAGUCUUACUUUAAGCACUUUUAUACGCCACAUCAAAGAUGAUUUUGAGGGAAAUGGUCUUGUGCUGGAACACAUUUUCGGGAGUUAAUAUUAUCCUAUUUUAACAAGAAACAAAAAAUAUGAAUGGAUGACGGAAACAUUGUGUGUGGAGAAGCCAAAGAGAUCUGCCUUGUUAUCCCUUGUUGCCCUUUGUCCAUGGAGUGGGAUUGGGUGAAAUAUGCCCUGCCCAUUCAGUUUUUUUUUGCUGUCAUUACUCGACAGAGAGACCCUAGAAAUGUAUGCAAUGCUUGAAAAAUUCAUCCCUUUUCUCAGGAGAUAUUAUAGAUGUACUAUUAUGAGCUCUGCAACAAAAUGCAAGUGAAUGUGAUGGGAGUAUUUAUGAAAUCAUGUUUUAAUCGUUUGUGUUUUAUGCCAUGUUGACGGACAAUGAUCUCGGCUUGCUGCCUUAUUUUGGCGGCCUCCUGGUCUGGAGCCAGUGUGGCGCUUUAUGCUUACAAUGCUUAGAAUUAUAGGGCUAGAAGCAUCUCAGUGAAACAGCAACAUUUCGCUCACUUGUAUUGGCAGCGUUUAUAUUGAUAGCAGAUAACAUUUGUGGUUAAGUCAUUUCAGUAAACACACUAAUGUUCACCCUGAUAGCAAUUACAGACACAGGAAACACUGUGAGGAGAUGUCAUGAGAGUGAAUUGGGAUGUGUUGGUGCGAGCAGCACGUGUACCUCUGUGGCUGUUCAGUGGAUAAGCCCGUUAUUUCAGUGUUUAACAACAAAAGUGCUCUGAGCCUCUCAUUUGCCAGUUUUCUUCAUUUUGCUCUACUGCAUAACAAAUACCAAAUAACUGACAGAGCACUCGAUGCAUCCUUCUGGUACUAUGAGCCGAAGCACCACACCACAGCUUUUGCACUUCCUGUUGUGCAGUGAUGUCACUUCCUAUUUAUGAAUAACUCCCUCAUCCAUUCUCAAAGUUCUAUGGUCCAGUUGCUGCAUGAGAUCUCCAAAAUCAGUGUGGGUGUUAACUUGAACCAAAUAAAAUUCUGAAUGAUAAGCAUAAAAGCUACUGCCGUCCAUUUUCUCCAAGAUCACCACGGAAAUACGGAAAGAAACUGAAAAAUAGACAUUUAUUUGGUAAAAAAGGAAUUAAAAACAACACAGUUCAGGCUAUGAUCCAAGUGGCACAAACUGCAGAAGUGAAGAAUGGACUUUUUAAAGAAACUAUAAAUAAUGUAAUAUAAUGUUUUCUUUUAAUGGCAUGUGUAGUUUUUUGUAAAUACAGAAUUACUUAAAAAACUACUGCUAUUAAUCUAACUCUAAAUAUUAAUAACCAUAAAUAGAAUGGCUUCCAGCUGACACCCCUCGUCACACUUGUUAGGCUGUGACACAUUUGUUAGAUGAGGUAGAUUUUUUUCAGUCACUUUUCACAAAAAAGAGGAAAAGAAUAUAUAUUAAAAGCAGAAAUUGUAUUUAAAAGUGUAAAAGUCAGAGCAUAUACAGGUCUAUAUUCCAUAUAUAUUAUAUAUAUAUUCUAUCAUAUAUAUAUAUAUAGUAUAUAUAGUCUCCUGUCCAGUCCUUGAGGUAAACCAGAACCACAAAGUGUAACUGAUAAUGCUUCUAUCGUGUGUGGUAUGUUCAGAGACAAACCAAAACUCUGCAAACUUCUGCAUAUUGGGUACCAGCGUACAAUGCAUGGUGUUGUACUGGCUGCUUGCUGAGAAUUGUGGAGCCUGCCUUGGUGAGAGGAUUGCACUACCAGCAUACCCUUUUGUACAUGUGUGAAGAUGUCUUGCCCCCUAGUUUCCUAUACUGUACACAUAAAAAUAUACAGAAAGACAAAUACACACAAACUAACAUGCACACUCUCCCAGCCUUUAGCAGGUAGCUGCCGGCUCAUCAGUGUGCCUCCCCAUAAGCCACAGCUCACUCUUCGUGUGGUAAUUUUUUUGCUUGUUUCAGCUCUAACCCUCCUUUAUGUUCCCUCCCUUAACACACAGCUACGGUUUGGAGUUGACCUUUUGAUUUUUGCUGUCACUUUCAAUAUAAUAUAACUACUGAUUUAAGGGUUAGUUGUCUUAACUGUCUGUGUGUUUGUUUAUGGUGCAAUAUCUCUUAACGGCACGUGCCUUUUUUUAGCUUCCUAUUUAGUCUGUCAAUAAAAAUCAGCAACGAGGAUCUCAAAAAUACAAGGGAGUGAAUCAAAACGGAGCACGAUAGAAACAAUGUAUUGAGUUCAAAAUUAUCUUGUAAACUGAAAACUCACCACCUAGUGUAGACUGUCUGGACUAACAUCUUGUAGAGUCAUGUAGUACAAGUGCUCUCUCUCUGUGUUCUGCUUACUGGCUCAUGGGCUAGUAAGAGAACAGCUUGCCUUCUGUUUUAACACUUUUUUUUCAUUUCCAAAUGUUAGUUUAUCAAUCAGUAUAUGAGGCCAUUUCUUUUGUAGCAUGACUGAGAUAAAUUUUCUUUUCUCUCCUGAAAAUAGGCUAACUGAAAUAAAGAAAAAAAACUUUCGGCUGUCAUUAUCUCUUGGCACUAAUGCAGUCAGAGAGAGGACGUGUGUUGCACAACUACAUUGGACAAUUAAAUGAGAAUCAGUGAAAGAAUAUCUUCAUUUGAGCACGAAUCUAUUUCCAAACAAUAAAG